AUGUUUUGCAGUUCCGCCUGGUCCUCGCGUUGGUCCCCUCGCAACUUCGCCCACAGUCCUUGCGUGUUGUGCGUUGCGAUUUUACUUUGGGACUUGGUUUGUGUGUUGGGUAUGUAUGUCUGCGUAGCUUUUUCUGUUCGCUCCUCAGCGUACUUCAUGCGCGACCACAUUAAGACACGCGCCAGGAGUUUGCUGCUGGCGAUCCCGUUUGACAGGGUGAAACCUGAAGGAGUCAAAAAAAAGCUCUCAGCGCUUAGAGAAAUAGUUGCCAACUAUAGAAAAGAGAAACUAGAACUGCUUCUAUCUACUGCCCUCGGCCUACUACUUCUCUUUGCUCCUGCUUCGCUGCGUUGCUUCAAGGUUGCAAUAGGAAAGUGCGCAAAAGCGCGAUGUUUUGCGGCGGCGGAAUUGUUGGACUUAGCCGAAGUGCCGUUUUCUUUUGUGAUUUUUGAUGAAAAACAGGGGCAGGACUCUCGCAAAUUUUUAAGAAUCGGCCUCAUUUUUUGCGUUUUUCUUUGGCGAUAUCCGGUCGAGGCAGGCCGAGGGCGAUGGCAGACGCCUCCUCACAGCAGCGCAGACGUGUGCCGCGCGUGCUUGCAGCUCGCUGCCGACCAUUCGCCCGCCCAGGCGCGUCUGUUGGCCCCUUGCUCUGUAAUGGCGCGCAGAAGCGCGGCGCUAUAUAUUUGUAUGUGCCGCGGCCGCCGCGUUCGAUGCUUUCCAUCCCGCCCUGCCUGUCCUGGUCUGUCCCAACCCUCGCGCCCCGCCCCGGCUGCGAUUUGGGCCUGCGCCCAAGGCCUUGCGCACCGACUGACCAGGCGGCCCCCCCGCGGCCCGUUCGGUGGCCCGCCUAGAAAGUUGCGCAGGUAA